AUGAAUGUCGAUGCUGUACACCUCUUUGGCAUGGCCGACAUUCCCAUCUAUCAUGGUAUGGUCCAGGGGUACCAAGCGUUGGCUACGUGCGUCUGGGAGGUGCCAAGCUUGGCAGCUUCCCUCACCAGCGUUGUUGGCAUGCUGUGGAGGGCCAGCGGAGACGUCGAGACCCUGCUGCAGGAUCUCGAGAAGCUAGCUGCAAACUUUGCAGAUGCGCAAAAUGUGCACACGGCAUUCGUCAUGCUCCGCACCUAUUUAGGCCUUCAGAUGGUUAUCAACCUAUUCAUCUUGGGGGUCAUCGUGCACAAGGUGGUCAAGAAUGUGCAGGGCCUUGCCCUUCGACUCAUGGCUGUGCUAGAGAUGGCUUAUCGGGUCAUCGCCUCCUGGUGUCAAACUCUCAACGCAAAGGUGGGUCGAUGCUCCUGCACUUACGUUGCCUGCUAA